AUGCCUUUAUCGAAACCAUUAUUGGCUUCUAUUAGUGGUUACGCAGUAGCUGGCGGCCUUGAAUUGUCAUUAUUAGCUGAUAUACGUAUUGGCGAACGUUCAUCAAAAUAUGGUGUUUAUUGUCGUCGACUUGGUGUUCCAUUAAUUGAUGGUGGUACUGUUCGUUUGCCACGUUUAAUUGGUUUGUCAAGAGCAUUGGAUAUAAUUAUAAGCGGUAGAACAGUAAAUGCAGAUGAAGCACUACAAAUUGGAUUAAUCAAUCGUUUAGUUGAUGAUGGACAAUCAUUAAAUGAAUCAAUUUCUUUGGCAAAAGAACUACUGAAAUUUCCUUAUGAAUGUAUGAAUAAUGAUCGUUUAUCAGCCUAUUAUUCAAUCAGUCAUACAUUGGACGAAAGUUUAAAGUAUGAGUAUGAAAAUGGGUUAAAAAUUGUUGAAAAAGGAUUAGUACAAGGGCCUAAGCAAUUUGUAGGUGGAAAAGAAAGAAAUACAGAAAAAAAAAUUGUUCUUUCUAUGUUAUAG